AUGGGCUUAACGGUGCUCGUCUGCAUGGCAGCUUUGUCGUCACUGGAGAGAGAAGCCAAAGAGAAUGUAUACGCGGUUUUGGACCCGCACAUUCAAUACGACAUUACGAUUAAUAAACACGGAGAACCGCCUAAAUACUUAUCGUUAUCAAAGCCUCUCACUCACCAAAGAACUCAUGCGUUCAAUCCACACAACGUCCCCGAUAAAGAAAUUAACAAUAAUGAUUACGAAAGAUUUUCCAGUUUCAAGGCUGGUCCUCCAAAAGCUAGAAGGUCAAGUAAUAGGCAACAUGAACGGGAGCAAAACUUUGUCUCCAAAACCAAUAACGAUAUAGAAUAUUCCAAAGAUCCAUUUUUUGGUAAAGCUAGAAAUACCGACUGCAAUCAACAUGCACAAAAGUACAACGAACAUAGAGAUUCCAAAAAAUAUUUAAGAAUGUAUGACAGAAAUAACUCUGGAAGAAAACAGAACGAUAAAAUACAUAAUGAUGGCUUUGAGAAGGAUUAUCAAAAUACGAAACGAUCUUCGAAUCGAAGUUGGAAAUCUACACAGAAAAUUGAAAGGUCCUUCGAGGAUUCUAUUGAAGGAGAUCACAUUAAUCGCGAAAAGGAGGUAGAUUUUAAGCCGAGACCAGGUAAAGUUAAGGAAAUAGCGUCGAGGUUUAAUAUGUGCAGUGGUGACAAUGUUCAAUCGUUCUCCAAGAAUCAAAGACCUAAACCGCUUCAGAGUUACGGUGACCAAGCGUACCUUGACCACGUGUUUCCUGAUGCUGUGGAAAUUUGA